AUGGGUCUGUACCAGACGCCCGUCAGGGCCCUGGACAAGUUUGUCCAGGAUAAUCUCACACCACAGAAAGGCUUCCUGGAUCAGGUGAGCCAAGCAGUGAACACCAUUUGCAAGGUGUUGCGGGAGAAGUGUUUCCAGAAUUCCACUUCCAGGGUCCGGGUGAUGAAAGUCAUUAAGGGUGGCUCCUACGGCUGGGGAACGGCCCUGAGAGGUGGCUCUGAUGCUGACCUCGUCGUGUUCCUCAGCUGCUUCAAGGCCUAUGCUGACCAAGGUGCCUGGCAGCCUGACAGUUUCGCUGAGAUCCGGGCACAGCUGGAAGCCUGCUGGCAGACACACCCCCAGAGCUUGAGCCUCCACUUCUCUGCUCAGGAGGAUCCUCGAGCCUUGAGAUUCAGGCUGGAGUCAGCCACACUCCACAGCUGGAUGGACGUCUCUCUGAGGCCUGCCUUCGAUGCCCUAGGACAGCUCAGCUCUGACUCCAAGCCCAGCCCCCAGGUUUAUGCAGACCUUAUUAGCUGUGGCUCCCCAGCUGGCACAUACACUGCCUGUUUCACCGAGCUCAGAAGGAACUUCAUCAACAUUCGCCCCUGCAAGCUGAAGCAUUUGAUUCUCUUAGUGAAGCACUGGUACCAUCUGGUCACAGAGGCUCAUCAAGACAAGCUUCAAUCAGCAAAGGUAUCUCUGCCCCCAGUCUAUGCCCUGGAGCUCCUAACAGUCUAUGCCUGGGAAAAGGGAUGUGGGAAAGAGAAGUUCAGCAUUGCUGAAGGUUUCCGAACUGUGCUGGGGCUAAUCCAGAAAUACCAGGAACUCUGUAUCUAUUGGGAGGUCAACUACAGCUUUGAGGAUGAAGCCACUGGGGCUUUCCUACGAAACCAGCUCAAGAAACCCAGGCCUGUGAUCUUGGACCCUGCUGAUCCCACUUGGGAUGUGGGACAUAGGGAUGGCCAGUACUGGGACCUGCUGGCCCAGGAAGUUGAAUCCAGCUUGUCUUGUCCCUGCUUUGUACGAGGAGACGGCUCCCCUGUGCAGCCCUGGGAUGGUCUGGGUCUCCUGGCUCCAGGAACAGAAAUUAAAGUAGAAGAUGGAAAAAUAAAUAAUAAUAAAGUGGAGAAG